CUCGUUUUCUACAACCACUUCCUUCGUUUACCAACCUCCAAUUCAAUAUGAAGUUCUCCACCGUCCUCCCCUUCGCCGCCGGCGUCCUCGCCCAACUCGAAACAACCAGCAUCGACCUCGGGUCCGCGACCUCCGCCCUUGAGUCUGCUGCGUCAGCUACCUCCGCCCCCGAGUCCAGCUUGACUUCUCUGGAUGUUUCGGCUACCUCCGCCCCCGAGUCCAGCUUGACUUCUCUGGAUGUUUCGGCUACCUCCGCUCUCUCCUCCGCUCUGGAGAGUCUGAGCUCCGCCACUGGCGACGAUUCUUCGUCAACUACCGCCACCGAGGCCUCGACGACUGACUCCAGCUCUGCCUCUGACGCCUCGAGCACUGACACCACGUCCACGGAUUCCUCAGCCACGGAGACUACCUCCACUGAGUCGUCCUCGGAGACUGUCACGACCACCACCGACGGCGCCACCGACCCUACGGAUAUCUCGACCACCUUGCCCGUCGUUAUCACCACCUCCACGUCGGCAGGCCUCAACACGAGCAGCACUACCAUCUCUCCCAACGGUACUACAACCUCCACCUCCGCGUCAUCCGCAACCACCACUACCGCAGCUCCCCUAGCCACUCUCGCGACCUUCACUCUUGAGAUUGAGGGCAUCAUUGGUCUUGACGGUGCCAUCGGCGCUGUUCGCCUUGGCUUCUUCCAGUUCGCCAUCGACUUCACUGCUUCCAUCCUGGCCCUUCUCGAAGACGGAAGCGUUGUCGACGGCGCCGGCCUCGCAUUCAGUGUGCCCUCCAGCCGUGGACUCCGCAGGAGACAAGAGUCUGCCGCUGGAUCCAGAAUCUUCCUCAUUGACCCAGCCGAUGCCGACUACGAGACUUGUGUCUGCUCUUUGUCUGAUACCAACGAACUCAACUGCGACUGCGACGGACUCACUGGCUUCCAGGUCGGUACCACGGAUCCAUACGUCGGCAUCCUCGGCAUCGGUGAUGUUGACGCUGAUGGCUUUGUCGACUUCAUCCCCGUUGUUGUGAUCGAUGAGGACAACACUUCCACCACUACCACAGGCACAGCAGGCGGCGAUGCUACCCUCACUGCACCAAUCUACGGGUCUACCGGAGGCGCGGGCGCUCCGUCUUACUCCACAGAAGUCGUCGACCAGUUUACUACUUACUGCCCCCACCCGACUACCCUCACAUAUGCCAGCCAGACCUACGUCGUGACCGAGGCUACUACCCUUACUGUCACCAACUGCCCAUGCACCAUCACCAAGCCAGUCGAGAACGGCGCAGUUGCAACUCACCCUGCUGGAGGCAAUGCUGGCAAUGGCGGUGCGGCGAACGGCGGAGAUGCUGCCAACGGCUCGGGCUCUGCCUCUGGAUCGGGCGCUGCUCCCGUCUACCCUGCCGGUGGCAACAACGGCGGAAGCGGUGCCGACCAGGCUCCCGCUGCAGGCAGCGGAAACGGUGCUCAGACCGGAGCCGCUGGCGCGUCGGGCUCAGGAGAUUCCGCAGUUCAACAGAUCGGUGACGGGCAGAUCCAGAACCCAGCCAACGGCGGUGCGGCUUCCCCUGCUGGCGGUGCUGGAUCCCCUGCUGGCGGUGCUGGAUCUCCUGCUGGCGGUGCGGCUUCCCCUGCUGGCGGUGCUGGAUCUCCUGCUGGUGAUGCUUCUCCCGCGUCAGGCAACGCUAUUCAGCAGAUUGGUGACGGACAGAUCCAGAACCCAGCCAACGGCGGUGCGGCUUCCCCUGCUGGCGGUGCGGCUUCCCCCGCUGGCGGUGCGGCUUCCCCCGCUGGCGGUGCGGCUUCCCCCGCUGGCGGUGCGGCUUCCCCCGCUGGCGGUGCUGGAUCCCCUGCUGGUGGUAACUCUGGUGCAUCCUCCUCCACCCCCGAGGCCUACCAGGGCGCUGCCUCUUCCAUCCAGGCCAGCUUCGGGUUCGCCGUGGCUAUGAUGGCCGUCGCCGCUUUCUAAAUCAUUGGCGCGCAGCUUGAUGACUUGAUUUGAGGGGAAGAGAAGGAGAAAUUGAAGAACAGGAAGAAGAAGAGAGACGAGUCUGUGGACGAUUAAUGUAUAUCCCGUCCCUGCUGUAGACGGAUGUGGUGUUGGAUUUCUUACCUUUCUUAUUCAUUCGACUAUUUUUAUGAUGCAGUAUAGUCUAUACUUCUAUAUACAUAUACUUACUGCUGAAGAUUUUUAGUCACAUUCGUGGAGGAUGUGCGAUAUCCUAC